CAGUGCUGAAGCAAAAAGUCGCCGCUUUUAAAAACCGACCAAUAGUAGCAGUUCCUCAGUCAAAGCUACGGGUGACAGAAGGAAGGGAAGAAAGACAGUUUUAAAAGGAAUAUUUCCAAACUCCUCUCCCUAUCUUAGAUCCUGGGAAAUGCGACUUUUGGAGAAACUACGCGAUUCCACUGGGACGAGCACAGCCCUGGAGCCCGAGAAGGUACCAAUGGAUCUCAUGUCCAAGAGCCCGGCAGUCUCUCCUUUCUGCAACGUGCUCACUCCGGGGCGCAUCCCGGCUUUCUGCAUCCCACCCCGGCUACCUCCCCACACCAUUCCUGCUUUCCAGCCUCCUGGAGCUUCUGCCUCUACUCCCCGACGCUGCACAGUGGAACCCGACAUGUGGCCUCACAGUCGGAACUUAAGCAGCAGACCUGGGGAGGAGGAGCUGCGGCCAGGUCUUGUGGGAGCCAGGGAGGACCCGGACCUCACCGACUGGGACCCGCGCUCGCAGGCUGCCCUCUCGCUGCAGCACCUGCCCCGCCGGCCGACCUCGUACGGCUUCUGCGCGCUGCUGGAGAGCCCGAAUACCCGGCGCAAGGAGUCCCUUUUCCUCGGGGGCUCCGCAGCCGCUGCCGCCCUUCUUCUCCAGCCCCCGCGCCCUCGGGCUCACACCUAUUGUGGAGGCGGCGGCGGCACCUGCCACCCACGAGGGCGAAGGGGCGCCUUAGUCGGGCCCGACAGCGCCGCCUCCUCCUCCUCUUCUGCCAGCUCGUCCCCCUGCGCUUCCCCGCGGCCCCGAGAGGCUCCCGCCCCGCGUUCCCGGAGCCGCCAGCGCUACCGCCGCCUCCUCCGCGCCCCCGAGGGGCUCCUGGGCCGGGCGCUGCGGGCCGGUGGGAGCCGCGUUCUGGCCCGGGCCCGCUCGGUCUCCAGCGCAGAAGACGACGACGAGGACUUCGAGGCCGCGCCGGACGCGGACCGCGUCUCCACCUCCGCGGGGCCGAGGGCUCCGUCCCUCCCGCCGGCCGCCGCCGCUCUGGGCCCGCCGCGGGAGCGCCUGGAGGCCGAGAGCACCGUGAGCCUGGGCCACCACGGCGCCGCCCUGCACUUGGCCACCGAGUACUGUCCGGCGUCCCGGCGGCUGCGCAUCCGCCUGCUCCGAGCCGAGGGUCUGUACGGCGGCGCGGCCGCGCCCGGGGCCAUCGGCUGCAGAGUCAGCGUCACCUUGGUGCCCCCGGGCAAGACGCGCAAGCAGCGCAGCGCCGUGGUCCGACAGAGCCGAAACCCAGUGUUCAACGAGGACUUCUUCUUCGACGGACUGUCCGAGGAUGACCUGCGCCGCACGGCCGUGAGGGUCAAGGCCGAGAACAAGGGCCGGGGCCUGGAGCGGGACCGUUUGCUCGGCCGGGGUGAGCUGGAGCUCAGCUCCCUACUUCUCUGACCGUGGCCCCGCUUCACCCCUUCCUUCCUGGUGCUUUGUUAACCCGGGGAGGCCCGGCAGCUAUUUUGUAAAAAGAAAUAAAGUUUUAUUUAUUUUUACUCGAA